AUGGAAAUUGAAUCAACAGAUAUAAUCCGGUUAAUCUUACAAUUUUUAAAAGAGAAUAACCUCCCCAACAGCUAUGCGGCUUUACAGGAAGAAACCACAAUCGCAUUAAAUACCGUAGAAUCCAUAGAGGCCUUCACAAAUGAGAUCGUCCAGGGACAUUGGGACACCGUUCUGAGAACAGUAUCUAACCUGAAGAUACCACAGCGAAAAUUAAUCGACCUUUACGAACAGAUCGUAUUGGAACUCAUAGAAAUGCGAGAAUUGGGUGCAGCGAGAACCUUAUUGAGGCAGACGGAUCCCAUGCAAUUCCUGAGAGAUCAUUUUCCCGAACGGUAUUUGCAUCUUGAACAUCUACUUUCUCGGACUUGGUUUGAUUCUAAAGAUGCAUAUCCACCUGGAACGACGAAAGAGAAGAGACGCCAAACCAUUGCUCAAGCUUUAUCUAGUGAAGUGACAGUUGUUCCUUCAUCAAGACUUCUCUCACUCCUCGGACAAGCCUUGAAAUGGCAACAGCACCAAGGAUUGCUCCCGCCUGAUUCAGCUUUUGAUCUUUUCAGGGGAUCCGCUCUCACGACAAAAGUGGAAGAUGACGCAGUUCCCACAAAGUGUUAUGCUACCAUUAAGUUUCCAAAAAAACAACAUGCAGAAUCGACAGCAUUUUCUCCCGAUGGGCAAUAUCUGGUCAGCGGUAGUAUGGAUGGUUUCAUUGAGAUAUGGAACUUUUUAACGGGCAAAAUUCGAAAAGAUUUCAAAUAUCAAGUGGAGGAUAAUCCCAUGAUGAUGGCGGAUCCAGUGCUGUGCCUCAAUUUUAGCCGGGAUAGUGAAAUGUUGGCUUCAGGUGCACAAGAUGGAUGCAUAAAGUUCUCACCGGCACACAGUCAAGGAGUGACAUCGGUAUGUUUUAAUCGUGACAGUAGUCAAGUGUUGAGCUCCAGUUUUGAUCAUACUGUCAGGCUCCACGGAUUAAAAUCUGGCAAGGCCUUAAAAGAAUUUAGAGGACACACGUCUUUCGUUAACGAUGCAAUAUUCUCGUAUGACAUGACGAGAAUAGUAAGCGCAAGCAGUGAUGGAACCGUAAAAAUUUGGGAUGUCAAAUCAACCGACUGUCUGCACACGAUAACACCUCGUGGAGAACAAGCAACUGCUACCAUUGCCGGAGGAGCGACCGUCAAUUGUGUUGUUCAGAUGCCAAAAAACACGGAUCAAAUCAUUGUGUGCAAUAAAAGUUCAACAAUCUUUUUGGUAAAUGUGAGGGGACAGAUUAUUAAAACAUUUUCGUCAGACAAGAAAACUGGAGGUGACUUCAUAAGCUGCAUGGUCUCACCUCAGGGAGACUUUCUCUACUGCGUAGCAGAAGAUUCUAAUCUUUAUUGCUUCAAUGUUCAAAAUGGAAAGCUGACGUCAACUUUAAAGUUAUCGGAAUCGGAAGUGAUCGGCAUUUCACAUCAUCCAUUUUCCAAUAUUCUGGCAACGUACGCGGAUGAUGGUAUCAUCUCUUUAUGGAAACCGUAA